AUGAAGUGGUUGAUCGGGGUAUUGUUGAUAUCUGGAGUCUCCGCAUCGACUCUACAAUUCGCGGCCGUUCCUCGAUCGAUUGUGCUGCCACAAGAGUCGUCCAACCUCCGCACCUCAGACAUAUCAACUCUCAAUGAAUUGCUGCUUGGUGUUUCGACAAAGCAAGUGUCUUCUUUCCUCGUGAAGACUCAACUCUUCUCCCCGACUAAAGCUGUGGCUGUUGUCCAAAUCCAAGAUAUUGAUAUUCUCGAUAUUAAGGGCAACAAGUACUCUCUUGAUGUGGAUGGCUACGAUUUUGGUGCUUUGGACAGCUCAUUGUCGGUAGCUUUUGGAGCCGAUCGUGAGUACGUCACAGUGAACAAGGAUGGAGCCAGUGGAUCACAACUUUCGGCGGCUAUUUCUUCAGCUUCCGUUGAUGAUUCUUUGGUGAAAACAAAAUCGGAGCCUCUUCGAUCGGAGCUUCUUCAAGUCUAUAAGCUUGUCGCUGGCUUGAAAGCACAAGGAGCGAAAUUAACCCAGUCAAAUUCUCCCGAUGUCUUCCAAGUGACGAUCAGCGGACUUAUCAAAUUAGUGGAUAGCGACGAGCGAAACCAAGCAAUUCUCGAGAUCCAAAAAGCCGUCAAUACAUUGAGUCAAGCGAUCGUUGAGGCUUAUGGAGAUCAAGCCGUUGUCGAGGUUGUCUGUGACUCGUCGCCGAUCCAAAUCAAAAACACCGCUCAAGCACACCGAAUCGUGAAGAGAGCGGCUGAUGAAACUGGGAAAUCGCCUGUUCAAGUCGAGCGCGAGCGUUACAAUGUGACCGAGUUCACUGGAUCUGAUUACCCAGCCAUGUUCGCCAUUUUCUUGGGUCUUGGCAUCAUUCUCUCAGUUGCCGUGCUUUACAUCGCAGUCGGAAUUUGGAAUAUGGAUCCAGGCAGAGAUUCGAUCAUCUACCGAAUGACCACCACGAGAAUGAAGAAAGAU